UAAAGCCACACACCCUAAUUUUCAUAGUAAAUUUAAGUAUAAAUUAGAAACAUAUUUUAUCUAUGCUAAUUAGAAUAUAGCUGGUUGUUACAAGGCAGAAACCCGUCCGUUUGCGCUUUAAAAUAAAAAAAUAAUAGCGUCUGUCGAAUGGGACGUAUACGUCCCGAUAUCAUACUUUCGGUUGUAAAUUUGGUAUGCGAAUCAGUACUACGCGCAUGCGUACUGAAAACCGGAACAUAAACAAACAUGGAGAAAUCGAAUCGCGUGCGAAAGACCUAUAAUGAGAAUAAAGAGAGUAAAAAGGGCAGCAGAAAGAAAUAUGAACAGUCGCAGCAUAUUGUUAGGAUGGGGAAAUAUGCAUUCGAUCGCUGGCAAGCAGCUAAAACGAAGGAAUGUUUGAAAACAAACAAUGAAAUGGCCAUGUACCUGUUGGAUUUGUGGGAGGCUAGUCAAAGAAGUGAGGAACUGCGGCAUGAAACGCCAGUGAAAAAAACUGUAGUUUUGCAGUCAACACCAGUUGCAAGCACAAGUAAACCACCAGAAUUGAAAAUGUCUGAUAUUUCUGCAUCAGAAAAGGAAUCCUCAGAAAAGUCGUCUGAGCCAGAAGAUGAAGGACGCUCCUCAACAAGUUCAUAUUCUGAUAUAGAGGAGAGAUACCUUGAAAAGGCUAGACUAACAGAGGGGUCAGUGUUGGACAUUACAUAUAAAGUGUUGGAACCGGAAAAGGAAGAUGUCAGCUAUCGCCCCACAUUGAGUGAGGAAGAAGAUGCCAUGGAGGAUGUUGACAUCAAUUCAGAUGAAGAUGUGGACUUUUCCUUUGACAUAUCAAUAAGGGAGGCUGAUGAAGACAAUGACCACAUGGAGAUUAUUGAGGCUGGAGACUUGAUCUUUGAUGUCAGUGAGGAGAAGGAAGCAGACCAACCAGAAGAAGAAGAGAUAACAACAGAGGCUGACAGACAAGAGGAGGUGGUGGACUUAGUAAGGGAGAGGAAAUGUAUUGCGUUUGACAGAAAUCUAUUAGAACUGGCAAGACUAAAGGUGACAAGUGUGUGUGACAGGAAAAACUGCAGGAGUAAUGUAAAGAUGACUACCAAACGGGUUGGAUCAAGUACAACAAUUCAAUGGAAGUGUGAAGCAAAAGCACACCUAGUGAAGCAGUGGUCGAGUCAGCCAGUUGUAAGGAAGAAACCAGCGGGUAACAUUAUUCUGUCCACUGCCAUCCUCGUUAGUGGUAACAACUAUGAGAAAGUGAGACUGCUGGCUACAGUGAUGAACUUGAACAUAACGCCAUCCACUCAACACCAUCAGUACCUGUCUCACCAUGGUAUUCCCAUCAUAAAGGAAGAGUUUGACGAGAUGAUAAGAAGGAAUAGGGAGACGUAUGCUGGUCACGAGGUAGUAAUAAUGGGUGAUGGGAGAAUGGACUCGCCAGGAUUCUCGGCACAGUAUUGUACUUACACUGUGAUGACACAUGACAGCAAAGACCUCCUGGCUUGUGUCAUAGUGAACAAACGAGAAACCAACAUGACGUCUACACUAAUGGAGCCAGAAGGCCUGAAGCGCUGCCUAAAACAACUUCUAGAUGCUGGCAUCUUUGUCAAAGAACUUGUAACUGAUGCAAGCACCACAAUAUCAUCAAUGAUUGCUAAAGAGUACCAACAUAUCACACACUCAUUCGACAUGUGGCAUGGUGGAAAGAACUUUGGCAGAAAAUUAGCUGGGGUUGCUGCCGAGGCAAAGAAUAAGGAGCUACGACCAUGGGUACCCGAUAUAGUAAACCACUUUUGGUACAGUUGCAGUUCAUGUGAUGGUGAUGCAGACUUGCUCGAGGACAAGUUGGUAGGGAUUCUUCAUCACGUUGUCGAUGACCAUGUAUUUCCUUUGGGUGAAUGUGAGCAUGGAGAGUUGCAAGAAGAUCCCUCCAAACCCUAUAUUGAAUCUGGGAGUCCUGCUCAUAUAGCUUUGACAAAAGCAGUGAUGGACGCUCGCUUCAUAAAUAAUCUGCCAUUCUUCAAGAACUUUCGCCAUACUGGCGAGUUAGAAACGUUCCAUGAACACAUACUGAUGUACGCUGCAAAAAGAUUUGCAUACACGUGAGUACACAAAUGAUCUCCUCAG